AUGGUGGAUAUUAGAGUUCAUUAUAUGCGCAUGAAAGAGGCGCUCAGAGUAGCCGAAACAGCAUUGACGGUGCAAGAAGUACCAGUUGGAUGUAUUCUGGUGUACAAAAAUACAAUCAUUGCACGAUCCUUUAAUCAAACUAAUCUUAGCCUAAACGGCACCAAACACGCAGAGUUUGAAGCGUACGAUCAAGUACGCGCAUUAUACCCCGAUACAUAUAGAGAUAUCUUUAGAGAUACGGUUUUGUAUGUGACUGUUGAACCAUGCAUUAUGUGCGCCUCCUUGCUGCGACAGCUUGAGAUCAAACUUGUGGUAUUUGGUUGUCCGAACGAACGAUUUGGAGGGAAUGGGUCCAUCUUUACCGUGAACAAAGAUACCUCGCACUUUGAGAGACCUUACAAAGUCAUUCCAGGUGUUCUCAGCAGAGAAGCAGUCACCCUUCUGCGUAAGUUCUAUCUUCUGGAAAAUAGCAAAAGUCCUACAUCCAAAGACAAAAAACACAGACGUCUUGAGCUGAAUGAGUUCCCACCAAUUGAUUAUUCGCGUUAUCUUGAGCGGGACGAAUUUCAAAGAGCUUUUGGAGAGGAGUUCGGUUUUGUGUUUGAUAGCAAUCUGUUUCUCGAAUUCGAUGAAAAUGGAAGCAUUGUCAAUGAGUCAAAAAACAAACGCAUCAAGACGUAG